CACGAAGAUAAAAUCACGGGAGGCGGGGAAGAGCUCCGCGGGACGUCGCCGUGAGGGCAUCUGAAGUGGAAAGGCGGCCUUUUGGUCUGUUUUGCCUCGUCCGCAACGCCGGCUGACGAACAGGGAAGGGGGGCGUCUCGCGAGGCUGUAGUGAGCGGCAGCGCCAUGUUGACUCUGAGGCGACUCCUGGCCAAGGGCAGGUCAGGAUUCUGCUUGAAACACACAGCUGCAGUUGCUGUAAAGAAUGAACCAAUCCUUGAAUUUAAACCAGGAAGCUCAGAACGGCAAGCUCUACAGAAGGCUCUGAAUGAUUUGAAGGGACGAACACUUGAAAUACCAUGUGUUAUUGGUGGCGAGCGUGUCUGGACUAAAGAGAUACGACACCAGCUAUGUCCAUUUAACCAUUCACACAAGGUGGCCAAAUUCUGCUAUGCUGACAAGGAUUUAAUUAACAAAGCAAUUAAUGCAGCACUGUCUGCCCACAGAGAAUGGGAUCUCAAACCUAUCGAGGAUCGAGCUCAAAUAUUUUUCAAAGCAGCUGACUUGAUUAGUGGGCCAAAACGUGCAGAGCUAUUGGCUAGAACUAUUAUCGGCCAGGGAAAAACAGUAAUUCAAGCAGAGAUUGAUGCAGCAGCAGAACUAAUUGACUUCUUCCGAUUCAAUGCCAAAUAUGCAAUGGAACUUCAGCAUGAACAGCCAAUUAGUGAACCGCCAAGCACAAACACAACUCUGUACAGGAGUCUAGAAGGCUUUGUAGCAGCUAUUUCUCCAUUUAACUUCACUGCAAUAGGUGGAAAUCUGGCAGGAGCUCCAGCACUUAUGGGUAAUGUGGUGGUCUGGAAACCCAGUGACACUGCUAUGGCUGCUAGUUAUAAUGUGUAUGAAAUACUUCUUGAAGCUGGACUUCCACCAAAUGUCAUUCAGUUUGUGCCAGCUGAUGGGCCACUAUUUGGAGAAACCAUUGUAAGUUCUGAGCACUUGGCAGGAAUCAAUUUCACUGGCAGUGUCCCAACAUUUAAACAUCUUUGGAAACAAGUGUCUGCAAAUCUGGAUAAGUACCGUUGUUUUCCUCGCCUAUCUGGAGAAUGUGGUGGUAAAAACUUCCACUUUGUGCAUAAAUCAGCUGAUGUUAUCAGUGUAACAAAUGGUACCAUUCGUUCUGCUUUUGAGUACGGAGGGCAGAAAUGUUCAGCGUGUUCAAGGUUGUAUGUGCCUGAUUCACUGUGGCCUGAAAUAAAAAAGAAUCUUCUGGAGGAGCAGAAGAACAUAAAAGUGGGAGAUCCAGCUGAGGACUUCACAACAUUCUUUUCAGCUGUUAUUGAUGACAAGUCUUUUGCUCGAAUAAAGAAGUGGAUUAAACAUGCACAAUCCUCACCAAAUUUAACAAUAAUAGCAGGUGGAAAAUGUGAUGAUGAAGUUGGUUAUUAUGUGCAGCCAUCAAUUAUAGAGACAAAGGAUCCUCAAGACCCUAUAAUGAAAGAGGAAAUCUUUGGACCAAUCGUAACUGUGUAUGUUUAUCCAGAAGACAAGUACCAGGAAGUUCUUCACUUGAUUGAUACAAGCACACCUUAUGGUCUCACAGGUGCAGUCUUUGCACAAGAUAAAAGUGUUAUAGCUGAAGCAUGCCAAGUGCUGCGAUUUUCUGCUGGAAACUUCUACAUCAAUGACAAAUCGACUGGCUCAGUUGUUGCACAGCAGCCAUUUGGAGGAGCUCGCAUCUCUGGAACUAAUGACAAGGCUGGAGGACCCCACUACAUUCUCCGUUGGACUUCACCACAGUCUGUAAAGGAGACUCAUGUUCCAUUGACUGCAUGGAGAUACCCAUAUAUGGAAUAGAUUUUUAAAAAUUAUAUUGAGCUUCUCCAUUAAACUUUUUAACAGCAUGUUACCUACUGAAAAUUGUUCUUAAAACACUUCAGCUGAUAUAGCUGUGUAUUUGGUAGGUACUCUUCUAUCCAUUGUAAUAUCUGAGUUCUGGAUGACAGAAUUCUCAGGGCUGCUUCAGAAAAGAUCAGAAAUGAUGGCAGGAGUAAAAGACUGGAAAUCAACAUUUAAUUGUAAUGAAAUUAUCUUCAUUACCUCAGUGUUUGAUAGUUUAUGUUCAAAGUAUGUAAUUAGUGCCAUUGAUGCAGUAAGAUUUUUAAAUACUUAUCUGGUGUUAAUGCAAUGGUAUGACUAAUGUUUGUGUUUCAUCUACGUAAUUCUCAAAAAAAUCACUACCUUCCAAAAUAAAUACUUAAUAGUACACCUGAACUUAAAUUGCACUGAAGGAGACACAACGCUUUUGCUGUGACAUCCUGUGAAUCACCAGGAAUGUUGACGUGGUUGUGAAAUACAGCUCUGAAAUAGAGAUACAGCUCUGGGGUAAAAUAAUGGCAAACAGCUGAUUUUGGAACAUUGUCUAUAUUCUGUAGUGAAUUGAUUUAACCAGUAUUUUCUUUUAGAUUUGUGGUUUUGUGUGGUAACUGAAGCAGUCAAUGGAAUCACUGAGAAGAGCAAUAUAUGGAAAUGAUUUUUGAUUUUUCUUAUCAAGAAAAAGUAUUGAUAAUCUGAUUGCAGUAGAGUUAUUCUGUUACUAACUAUGGUCAUAUAUUGAUUCAAAAUUUUAGUAAUAGGGAAAAUUUUCAACAAUGAAUAUGAACUUUGUUCGAUAUUUUGUGUGAAAAUGAUUGCACUGGAGUUUCUCACUCAUCUGCUAAUCAGUUGUUUUUACUGACGAAUGGAAUUAAAUGUGAGUUAAUCUUU